UUAAAAGGGUUAGAAGGUAGUGUGUGUUUGAAUGAAAUGAUGAAAAUCGAUUGCACAACAUCUGGUAAUGAUAGUAUCGAACUAUAAAUAUAUUUUGUAGAAAGACGUACUUCUCAGUCGGAUAUCUACGCCUCGUAGGAUAAGCACAUUCACGGAAAUGUCUUCUUUAAUUCUAUAUUAUUAGGAUUACACAUUUUAGUAAAGAACUAUUCAAAUUUUGCAAGAAAAAUGUCGAACAACAAAAAAGCUGAGAAAUACAAAGCUAAUGUUUUUAUCCAUUCUGAAUAUGAUUUUAAAAAUGAAUUUGUGAAUGGACGAUAUAUAAAUAAAGGAUUUGUGGAUACAGAAAAUUUAAAGGAACAACAGGAGAAAGAGGAUGAAGAAGAAACGAAACCGGAAGUCCCAACAGUGGGAUUUUUUCAAUUAUUUAGGUAUGCUAGUUCAUUGGACAAAUUUUUUAUAAUAGUUGCUCUGAUAAUUGCAAUAGUUUCUGGAGCUUCUAUGCCUGCAGUCAUGAUUAUUUUUGGGAAAGUCAUUGAUAAAUUAGUUCUGUACGAUCUGUCGAAAAAAAAUCUUACAAAUGAAACAAUGACAACAGAAGAAUUUCUACAUGAAACAACGAAUCUCUGCAUAUGGAAUGCUUGCUGCGGGGUAGCCUUUUUGAUUUGCAACUACAUAAUGGUCAGUUUCUUCAGCCUAGCCGCUGCCAAUCAAGCAUUCAGAAUCCGUUGCAUGUUUAUGUCGUCCGUGCUUAAACAAGACAUCGGAUGGUAUGAUACUAAUGAAACUGGAGAUUUCGCAAGUCGGAUUACCGGCGACUUAACGAGAAUACAAGAUGGCAUGGGUGAGAAAGUAGGGAUAUGCGUCAGUUUUCUCUCCUCCACUUUCCUUUGCGUUGGAGUUGGAUUAUAUUAUGGAUGGAAAUUAGGUCUGGUUAUUCUUUCAGUGACGCCUGUUCUCACUAUCGCGAUGGCGGUCAUGUCAAAGGUGCAAGCAUCAGUUUCUCGAGAAGAAAUGCAGGCCUAUGGAAAAGCAGGAGCUGUCGCCGAAGAAGUGUUAUCAUCUAUACGAACGGUGUUUGCAUUCGGGGGAGAAAGAAAAGAAAUCCAAAGGUAUGACAAUUGUCUGACUCCAGCGAGAAACAAAGGAGUGAAGAGAGGUCUAAUGACGGCCUUAGGAGCAGCCAUUACUUCGUUUUGCAUUUUUGCAGGGUACGCACUUGCCUUCUGGUACGGUGUUAAACUCAUUUUAGAAGAUUGGGACAAACCAAAGGAGGAAAAGGAAUACACUGGAGGAACUCUCAUCAUUGUCUUCUUCAACGUCAUGUCUGCCUCUAUGUUCAUUGGUCAAACCGCACCUUAUUUUGAAGCAUUUGCACUCGCUAGAGGAGCGGCUGCCAAAAUCUAUAGCAUUAUAGAUAGGGUACCAACGAUUGACAGCAGUUCAUUACUCGGACGCAAGCCUGAAUCUUUAGAUGGUUUUAUUAGUUUAAAAGAUGUGUUUUUUAACUACCCAGCUCGUCCCACUGUUCCAGUAUUACGUGGAGUUUCAUUGGACAUUCAGCCCGGCGAAACGGUGGCUUUAGUUGGGCCUAGUGGCUGCGGCAAAAGUACAAUCAUUCAACUCAUUUUAAGAUUUUAUGAUACAGAGAGUGGGAAAGUAGAAUUAGAUGGACAUAAUGUAAAAGAUCUUAAUGUUGGUUGGCUUAGAGACCACAUUGGCUUAGUUGGACAAGAACCAGUUCUCUUCUCAACGACAAUUGCCAAUAAUAUAAAGUAUGGUAAACAAGACGCAACCCAGGAAGAAAUAGAAGCAGCAGCUAAAAUUGCAAACGUUCACAGUUUUAUAGAUACACUUCCUAAGAAAUAUGACACUCUAGUUGGUGAGAGAGGAACUCAGCUGAGUGGUGGUCAAAAGCAGCGCAUAGCCAUUGCCCGUGCUCUAAUCAAGAAUCCGAAAAUUCUGUUAUUGGAUGAAGCGACUUCCGCGUUGGAUACGGAAAGCGAAUCUGUUGUACAGGCUGCUCUCGAUGAGGCACGACAAGGUCGUACUACAGUUGUUGUGGCCCAUCGUCUUUCUACGAUAAGAACAGCCGAUAAAAUUGUUGUCUUGAAAGACGGUGAAGUCCAGGAAAUAGGCACUCAUGAUGAAUUAAUGUUAAGAAAAGGGAUAUAUUUUGAACUGGUUUCUACUCAAACUAAAACUGAAGAAGAGGAUGAUGAUGACAUCGAAGAAAUAGAAGAAAUAGGAAAAGAUAUAUCCAGACUCGACAGGAGAAUUUCAAAUUUGAGCAAUGGAUCUGUUGAACCCAUUGAUGGAUUACCUGGUGUGGUCAACAGACAACUAUCCUCUGCGGGUUCUGGGGCUGGACGUCAAAUGUCAAUAACAAGUGGAGGAUACAAUCGGCAAAUAUCAGCUAUGAGUAAUUUCGAACGCCAAAUGUCUAAUAUCAGUGCUGGAAAGGAUGGCGUUCUUGUGAUUGAUGAAGAUGAAGAGAUUGCCAAGAAAGCAAACCCAUCGAAAUUGCGACUUUUGAAAGUUUCAGCACCCGAAUGGCCAUACGCUCUUGUUGGAGGAAUUUCAGCAUUAUUGAUGGGCCUGCAUUUCCCUGCAUUUGGAAUCGUUUUUGGAGAUAUACUUGGAGUUUUAUCCAAAGAGAAAGACAAAAUUCCUGAUGAAACUGCCUACCUUAGUCUUCUUUUCCUAUUGAUGGCCAUUUCUUCUGGUGUUCUCACAUUUUUGCAAGUAUUUAUGUUUACAAUCGCCGGUGAAAAGUUAACUUCCAGAUUAAGAAAAAUGGUAUUUUCUAAUAUUCUAGCGCAAGAUAUGGAAUUCUUUGAUCAUCCUAAAAAUAGCGUUGGGUCCCUUUGUUCUCGACUUACUUCGGAUGCAUCAAGUGUUCAGGGGGCUACAGGAUCGAGGAUUUCAACUCUCCUUCAGUCUCUCUCAACAUUAAUUGCAUCCAUCGUAUUAGCCUUGUCGUAUAAUUACAAAAUAGGCCUGGUAGUGUUGGCUUUUGUCCCUGUAGUGUUGAUUGGAGCUUAUUUCGAGGGUCGUGUCGUUUCUAGUGAUUCAAAGAAAGAGAAAAAAGGAACAGAAGAAGCGUCUAAGGUCGCUAUUGAAGCUAUCGAGAGUAUCAGAACAGUUGCAUCAUUGCACGAGGAGCAUACAUUUUAUAAACAAUAUCAUGAUGCACUCCUAGGACCACAUAGGAAGUCGAGGCUAAAAUCUCAUGUCAGAGGCAUAAUUUACGGUUUUGCGCAAGGACUGCAAGCAUUUGCCUACGCAUGCACAAUGUAUUACGGAAGUAUACUGGUCUCACAAGGUGAUUUGGAGUAUUCGAAUUUGUUGAAGGUUUUAGAAGGUGUUAUGAUAGGCGUAAUGAUGAUUGGUCAAUCAGUAGCGCUCGCACCUGACUACCAAAAAGCGAAAGUUUCGGCUGUUAGGAUAUUCAGACUACUAGAUCUGAGACCUAAAAUCGAUGCAUUUUCCAAAGAUGGAAAUGUUUUGGAUGAUGUUCAAGGAUACAUCCACUUCCAAAAGGUUCAUUUCAACUAUCCUAGUCGACCAAGAGUGAAAAUUUUGAGAGGGCUAGGUCUAGAUAUCGAACCUGGUCAAACAGUUGCUCUUGUCGGCAGCAGUGGAUGUGGCAAAAGUACUUGCGUACAACUCCUCCAACGCUUUUAUGACGCAGAUCAUGGAGCUGUGAUGCUAGACGACGAAAAUGUGAAAGACAUGAAUGUGGCUAAUCUUCGUUCCCACAUCGGUGUCGUUUCACAAGAACCCGUUCUGUUUAGUUAUAGCAUAGCCGAAAACAUUGCCUAUGGAGAUAACACUAGAGAGAUGGACAUGAAUAGAGUGAUGGAAGCCGCCCGCCAGGCUAACAUACAUAAUUUCAUCACAACUUUGCCUCAGGGUUACGACACACCUGUAGGAGAUAAAGGAACCCAACUCAGUGGUGGUCAGAAGCAAAGAGUUGCCAUUGCUCGGGCUCUCUUGAGGGAUCCUAAGGUUUUGCUCUUGGACGAGGCAACAUCAGCGUUGGAUGCCGAAAGUGAAAAGAUUGUUCAAGACGCUUUAGACAGGGCAAGUAGUGGGCGCACCUGUCUAAUUAUUGCCCACAGACUGACAACCAUUCAAAAUGCUGAUGUCAUCAUGGUAAUCCAUAAAGGAAAGGUAGUUGAAAAAGGCACACAUCAAGAACUUCUUAAUAAAAGGGGACAUUACUAUAAAUUGCAUAAUACUCAAAGUGGAACGCAGCAGUAGAAAAUUUAUCUGCAACUUGUCCAUUGUAAAAGCUAAUCAGUAACAUAUAUAUAUUUUUUUCAUAUUGUAUAUUUUCAUCUCAUUUACAUUAAAAAUCUACGAAAAACUAAUGUCACGUGACAUCUUUAGUUGAAAGCAUGUGAAAACCUACGAAUAAUUACUGAUAUAUGAUAUUAUGUAGAAUUCCAGUGACUGAUAGUUGCAAAAAGAAAUGUGAUUUUAAUACACUUAUAUAGUUUUUUAUUACAUGGAAUUAGAUUAUUACGAUUUAAAAUGAAAUUCAAUAAAAUUCACAAGUAUCAUUCUUAACUUUGUUAGAUUCUUAUUUAUUACUAUUUAACUGAGUGUAAAAAAUACUUAUCGAGUUGUUUUUCCAUGCUUUUAACUUUAGUUGACACUGAUUAAAGUACAAAAUUUAAUUCAUUGAAAAAAAACUAAUAUUUGAAAAAGUGAAAAAUAUAUCGUGCAUUGUAUAAAAAUCAUUGUCUAUAAAAUGAACUAUAUUCGUAUAUAUUUAUGAAUGGGUUAAUAGAAUUAUUUUGAUAAUUAUUAAAAGGCAUUUAUAAUAACGAAAUAAUAUAUUCUAUAUAUUUUUGAAAUUCAGAUGAUAAAUACUGUUUCAACUGUUAAAAGCAUCUGAAUAUUGGUCUUUACAGUAUUUACUUAAAUGAACUCUGUUUUUCGUGUUUUAUAUGUUAUACUUCAAGUUCUUCAUAAUCCGUUGUUAUUGAGGGUUCCGAUUUCCCACAAAUUACACUGAACCAGGGUUUGAUUUUUUUCUCGGUACAUUAAACAAAUGUUGUUAUAUUGGGUAUAAAAGUCUGUUUCAAUCCCUGCAAAAUUCCCAAGAAAAUGAAGCAAAAAUGUGCAAUAGCGAAAAAAGAAGCCUUCCAUCUUUAUUGUGCAUUCCUUCAUUUUAAAAUCAUAAAAAUUGUGUCGUUCGAAAGAAAUUAACGUACUUUUAAAGAUUUUUCACUACAAAUUUCAUUAAAAAACUGCCUAUGUAUUGAGAUAAGAGCAAAUCUCAAAAUUUCCAAUAGCAACACUCAUUUUUCUUAUUAAAUUUCAAAACUGCAUCUUGCGUUCUCCUUGGAUAAACCAAAUUUCACUAGUCUAAAUCUUUUUGCUUCGAAAUUGAAAAAAAAACCUGUAAAGUAUUAUUUUUAGUUUAAAAGUCAUAUAGUUAUUGCCUCUUUUUUUGUUAUAAAAAUAUAAAAUAUUUUGCACAUUUUGCUUGUAUAUUUAUCCAUAACAAAUAAUGCAGGGGAAAAAAUUUCCAGAAAUUUUAACUGUAAAUUUGUUUGUCUUGUAUGAAGUAGCAGUCGAUGUUAACAUGUCGAAUGUUACUUUACAGAUUCUUUUAAAUUGUUACAAGAAAAAGAAAAUAUUUGUACCAACAUCCAAAAUAAAUCUAAAUCUUACACAUUUAAAUAUGGAAACAACACUUUACCAGAGAAUGCCAGAUAUUUUCCAAUGUAAUCAUAAUAUUUUAUUCCAAAUUUUUGCUCUUUGUAAUACUUUCAAAGGGAUUCUACUUAUGAUAAAAAAAACAGCAUGUUCUCAUAAGAAAUUCUACAGUUGGUACAAUUUUAAAUAUGUAGACAAUCCCCUAUGAGAAGUUUAAGCAUAGCAUUUUUUUUAAUAUAUGUUAUUAGCAUUAAAAUGGUAUUCCGAUUUUCAUAUAUGAUGAUCGAUAGCAGAAUAAAGCUGGCUGGUUCCUUUUUCCUCCGUGA